GCCACCCGGCUGCGGCGGCGCUGGCCGCUCCGGGCCUGCGCCAUGUCGCCCCUCCUCCGGCCCGCCCCCUUGCCCCGCGGCGCCGCGAACCAGCCCGCUUGCGACCACCAACCCCACAGUCGGCGUUGCUGCCCCUCGGUCUGCGGCGAGAAGGGGCUGGGACUGUGGUGGGGCCCCGGUCCCGGAGAGCCUCGAAAGGGCCGGGCAAGCUCAGGGGCUGCCGCUGCACUCCGGUCCACGUGCAGGGCCUGGCCCGGCGGGGCCCCGAGGUUUCUGGGUUGGACCCAGUUUCUCCCGCGCGAGCGAAGUGGGGUGACUUCGUCUGUCGCUGAGAUCCCAGGGGUGAGGCCCAUCUGGCGUCUCGGAGUGUGCGCCCUGCUUCCGCGGUGGGUUUCGCUUGCCUCUGCAUCCCUUCUCCAGGUUCGCUUAGAGUGUGCAGCCCCGGCGAACUUCGUACUCGGGAAAAACCCUGUUGGAGGCUAUGUGUCUGUGAAUCACAGAAAGGACAGUGGUCAGGAUGUCGGCCCUCAACUGGAAGCCCUUUGUGUAUGGAGGGCUAGCCUCCAUCACGGCAGAAUGCGGAUUGCCCCUGCGAUGUUGCGCCAGGCUUCCUAUGGCACCAUCAAGAUAGGCACUUACCAGAGCUUGAAGCGUUUAUUUGUUGAACGCCCGGAAGAUGAAACCCUACUGAUAAAUGUAGUAUGUGGAAUCCUCUCUGGAGUCAUAUCCUCAGCCAUUGCUAAUCCAACUGAUGUUUUGAAAAUACGGAUGCAAGCGCAAAGUGGCAACAUUCAAGGAGGAAUGAUAGGCAACUUCAUUAACAUUUACCAGCAAGAGGGAACACGAGGACUGUGGAAGGGUGUGUCCCUUACUGCUCAGAGGGCUGCUAUCGUCGUUGGCGUGGAGCUACCUGUCUAUGACUUCACCAAGAAGCAUCUGAUUCUCUCAGGCCUGAUGGAAGACACUGUCUACACCCACUUGCUUUCAAGCUUUACCUGUGGUCUGGCUGGGGCGCUUGCCUCCAACCCUGUGGAUGUUGUGAGAACACGUAUGAUGAAUCAGCGAGUCCUUCGAGAUGGCAGAUGCUCUGGCUACACAGGUACCCUGGAUUGCUUGUUACAGACGUGGAAGAAUGAAGGUUGUUUUGCUCUCUAUAAAGGGUUUUGGCCCAAUUGGUUGAGGCUUGGUCCUUGGAAUAUCAUUUUCUUUGUGACAUAUGAGCAGUUGAAGAAAUUGGAUUUAUGACAAGUCAAGGCUGCAUGAGGUGGUGCUCUGAAGUUGCUCACUUCCAAAAUAGUAGAGCUUCGGUGUUUCACUCUGCUUCUUUCUCACUGCUGGGCUUACCGCAGAUUUGGAAGUGUGAGCAGCAAAGACUGGAUUAGUUCAGAUUGUAGCAUGCUGGAUUGGACAUUCACACCAGAAGGUCAGUGGUAUAAACCAUGAUAUCCAAACACUAGUCCUUACCAUCGAAGUGCCCUUUGACAUCAAGAUAACAUAUGAAAUGCAUGUUUCUUGCUAAAGAGAACUUGCAACAAGAUCAGGAACUGUGUGUUGUUUUCUUCGGGAGGGAGUAACACUUGACCUUAGCUCCUCGCCGAGCACACCAGCCUGCUUUAAAGAAUAAGGAAGCUCAUGGGAACCGGGGAAUGGAUCCUUUAAGAGAGGGUAUUACUAUUCCUGAAUUCCUGGGACUUUGGCUUCUUGUUAGCUGAAGAAACUUCACACUUGGAAACAUGGAUUUUUUGAUCCAGGUAUAAACAGUGCAGGAAAUAGGUCCCUGGAAUAUUGCACUGCUUUAUAAUUUCCUAUUUUGGCAGGAUCUUUCACUUACAGUAAGUGAUUUUUAAGCCUUUGAAGACUUGACCUUUGUGAGGAAUUGUUACAAAGCAUUAUUAUCCAAACUUAUCCAAACUCAAGAUGGUAUAUAUGAUAAGUUGGCUUUGAACGUCCAAGGUCUGUUCAUUGGGAGGUGUUUCAAGCAGCUUGGGUUGUCUUGGGCAUUGCUAGUAAUUUGCUUUGAUUUUUAGCAGUUUUAUUACUUCCCAGUCUGUAAAAUGGGAAUAAUAUCUAUCAAUGUGAGGGUCAAAUGAAGAAAACAGUAGCUGCUACUAUGUGCCUUGUAGGAUAAGUGUUGACAUUCUCUGUCCUACAGUCAUAAUCCCAGCAUAAACAGUCUGGGUAAAGAAGGCAGUCAUUUUAUCACGUGCUUCUCACUGUAAUCCUGAGUGAAAGUCUUUGUUAAAGGCCUUGUGAAAGAAAAAAACACUGUAUAAAUUAAGGUUUUAUUAUAUUUUCCUUAGCAAAAUGUUGCAAGUGAAUCAAAGAGUCUAUUUUUUUGGAUUCCUAGUUUUUACUUUAGUUUGGGUCAUGUUUGUUAAAAUAUUUGCUGUCUUGGAUUUCUUUAUUAGUUUGGAUGGAAAAACACUUGCUUGAAAUUUUUAAAAAUUUGUUUAGUGCUGUACCUGUUUAUCUAGUUUCUGAUAAAGGAAUGUAAUAUCUUCCUUUCUUCUAUAGACAAGAUAAAUCAUUCUCCCUCUUCUUUCUCAUCUUCGUCUUACUCUUUUCAAUAUAAAAAGUGACCCUGAGAGCCCCCAGAAGAUGGCCCCAGGAAAGGAAAUGUGUUUACUUAGGUACCGUAGGGUCUACCCGUGGAUAACAUUAAAUACAUAUUAUCUGGGGCCCCAAGAGCAGGACAUGCUGGGCAAAUGUCUGGAUCCUGGGCUGCUUCCUCCUUUGAAGCAGAGUAGAAGGAACCCGGGUGUUUCUUGGGAUUGGGCAGUUUUCCUCUCAGUCUCUUUCACCUUGUCUUCUUUAUUAAGGUUUACUUUGAAAAAGAUUUUGUGAAGCAGAAUUGUAUUUCCAAAGGUAUGAUCUAAGGCAAAACCAUUAAAAAGGAAAGGGAGAAAGAAGGGUGAUGGAGUGACAUGUAGGCGUUCAUUGCUGAAAGACUAAGAUGAGAGUCCCUGUCUCCCUGGCCCCCUCUGCAUGUGACUCUGGAGUCAUGCAUUUAGGCCUCGCUCCUGGUACUGAAGUGUAUCUUUAGCGAGAAAUUAUUUUCUUCUUCCCGAAACAUUCCAUUGGCGUGGUAAAUGCUUUCUGUAGAAAGGAUUCCACUUUUGAAUUCCUUGAAUUUUAACGGAUUAUUUUUAUGAACUUUUUUUAAAUGAAAACAUUCUAUUUUUUAAGUGUACAAAUAAUUUCUAAAAGAGUAGAAGGAAGUUCAUUUUGAAGACCAUAUGAAGAGUGAAUGUCAUGCAAUAUUCAUUAUAUCAAUUAUUUCAAAUUAUGUACAUGUUCAUACCAGGAUGAAAAGAAACUCAAACCUCACUGUAAAACAAGCACAUUUUAAAGAGGAAAAAGUAUAUUUCUUCAGUGUAGAUUUAUAAAACACUUUAUAGAACAGAACCGUCCCCUGUUUUGGUUUUCCUGCUAUCUGAAAGAGUUACUGCAAUUGUUAAAGCUUCUAAUAACUAAGGAAGAACUUAAGGACUAGGGAGACGUGGUCCCCUCGUUUUCAGGCUACUGGUCCCCCUGCUCCCUUGGGUAUUGCUCAGAUGUGGCAAAAUGACUUUUAGCUUUGUUACCAAAAUGAGGAAAAUGGGUUUGUUUGUUUGUUUGUUUGCCUGUGGAUUUGUGUAUUCGUUGAUACUAAAUGUUGCUGAUCUGUGAUAUUAAAAAAAUGGCUCCUGUUUUCCAUAUUUAUUUAGGUACUAGAAAUAGUAUGUAUUAUAUAAAGACUGCAAAGUUUUCAUAAGCCUUUAUAUUUUGAGCUCUUUAUUUAAACAAUGUUGGAAUAUGUAGCAUAAGCCUUGUUUAAUUAUUUAAUAAACUGGAGUAGUAUGUAAUAAUAAAAAAA